UAUACCCGACUUUCCAAAAACACAAUUUUAUUGCAAUCAAAUAGAAAAGUUAAAAAUGUCGCUUGAUGUUUGUAGAUUGUGUCUAAGUGAUUUGAAUUUAAACCCAAUAUUUGUUGAUAAACAAAGUGAGAGGUAUUCGACUGUGCUUAUGUUAACAACUGGUUUGAAGAUAGAACCAAACGAUGGCUACCCUCAGAAAAUUUGUGGCGACUGUACCGAACUGGUCAACUCCGCCUUUUCUCUAAGAAACCAAAGUCACGACGCCCACAAAAAACUAGUACAACAGAAUUUAGCCAAUAAUUCGCUGAUAAAAAUCGAAAAUAAUGAACCAGACACUACUGAAAUCAAUUCAAAUUUAAAACAAGAAGAUUUAAACCAAGAUUCCGAUAGCGAUUACGAAGAUAAUUCCGGAUUUGCAGAAAUCGAAAUAGAAAUCCAAUGUGAUAGAUUGACAGAUGAAGAAAAUGGCGGGAAUUCAGUUCAAGAUGGCAAACAGAAAAAGUUACCGAGAAAAAAAAUUAGAGAAAUGUAUAUGGAGCUGAUGGAAGGUGACCCAAAAGGUCCUAUGAAGUGUAAAAUUUGUAAAAUAACUCUGAGUACGUGGGGCAGUUUUAGAGUUCAUGUACAUAACCAUAUUAGAGGGAAAGUUUUAUGCGAGUACUGUGGCAAAUUGUUCAUACAAUCUCAGCUCAAGCGCCACGCUAUGUCCUACCACGGUAAAGAACGGAAGGUGGCGUGCCAACACUGCGACUUUCUCGCUCUGGACAAGCGCCAGCUUUUGUACCACGAACGCCGCAAGCACACUGGCGAGCGUCCGUACGUGUGUGACAUAUGCUCAUCGGCGUUCUUCAGCCGGAGGUGCCUGGUACAACACGUGGAGGGCCACCGCGAAACUGCCUCUGUACAAUGCGAGCAAUGCCCAAGGAAGUUCAAGUCAACUCGACACCUCUCUCGCCACCGGUAUACUGCACAUUCGAAGCGCAAGAAACACGACUUUUAACUGCAAUCGUGACAAAAGACGUCCACUGCUAGUCUGGUCUGUGAGCACGUAGAAUUUCGUCCAAUGACCCCAAGCUACCCAUCCUUAUC